CAGCUCACAAGUUUCUUCCAGAAUGUGAAGGGGAUUUCUUGGCAUAGAAUUAGUGUUGAAGUCUUCAAGCAGGAGAAAGCGUGACAUCAGUCCUCCAGGAACCACUUUCACAUCUAAGGUCAUACUUGGGGCUGAAAACGUUACAAAUUCCAACGACACGGUAAACCAGCUCAACAACACGAUGGAUAACAUAAGCACUACACUCGCCUCCCAGAUAGACGUGCCCCCGACCUACAAUCAAGGGCUUGAAGCACUGCGGAUGUCGAUACAAGAUGCUUGCAAGGCAGUGGGGCAGGUUUGUGAUGACUUCCAGGUUUGCCAGGACAACACGUGUUUUCACAAGUGCGAGUUCGCUGGGUGCGGAGACCACGGGACAGUGCAAGCUUGUGACCAACGGCUCUGAAAUACAAACAACUUGCGAGUGUGUUCCGGACGAUGCUUUCUACUACCGCGGGGAGAAGUGUGAUGAUAAAUUUCUGAAGGAGAGGUGGAUCGGGGCCAUCGCAGGGGCCGUAGGUGGGGUGUUGCUGCUGCUCCUGGUGGUGAUGGCUUUCUGUCUGUGCCGCCGCCGUAACAAGAUGGACAGUUCGUAUGAUACAACUUCGGAAGGCGGCGGGGCCUUCAUGCCAAUCAGAUACUUCAGCAACUACAAAAACGCGGCCUUUGAGGGUGAAAGGUUGGAGUCUGUCAACACAAAUGAAAAUCCCUAUUCCCAUUACGACUUCCCAUCGCCGAAUACGUCUGGAACUCCUUGGAUCCCUGGGGAUCCCAUAACAUCAACCACUAAUUUUGUCAUCAAAAGACCAACAUUUUCACUACAAGGCGCGGGAAACUAAAGGAGUGAGUGUGAUUCACAGCUGGUUUUUCUCAAUCGUCUCCAUGUAUCGAUGAAGGGGCUGAGUGUAUUGCCUUUCAUCCUGGAGUGUAUUGAUACAAGGUAUUGUUCUUCGAGAUGCCUUAUUAAAAGAUCUCAUUUGAUUCCUCUUCAUCUCUGUGGGGUAUUUAUGCAAGAGUUGGUUCAACUCAAAAGGAGUUUGAGUCUUCAUCCUGUCCAUCAGAAAGAGGAACUAAAGAUGGUUUGCACAGAGCAGCUCUGAGAAGUAAGUGAUACCAAGUGCUACAUCGUAUUCCACAUACACAGGUCUUCUUGCAAACCAUUCUUCUACACUCAUUGAACAUUAUUUUGUCGAAAGGUGAAGUGCUGAGUUGAAAAUUUUCCGACAACUUUCGAAAUCAUUUUUAUUUUUGAGAUUUCUACAAUUGGCUGAACUUUCUCAUGAGGAUCGUGAUGUUCGAGCAAUCCUGUCUCCAUAACCCUCAAUCCACAGCUGAAAUAUUUGGAGAGAGUGGUUGGACUGUGGAGUUUCUUCGAGAGAGACAAAAGCUGCCUUCAAGAUGACUGGACCUGUCUCCUCUUAAAGGAGACUGCAGCACGAGACCUUACUGCCCUUAAAGGAGACUGCAACACGAGACCUUACUGCCUUAAAUGAGACUGCAACACGGACGUUUGCUUUUCAUUAUUAGUGAUGAAAAUAUCUCUGGAUGAAGUGAGGCAUUUCCCAGUCAUUUGUUUCAGAGUGCCUUACACGUGUAAAUCUGCUCUGUCUUUCAUUGCUGAAGGCUGCAAAUAUUUUUGCAAUGUGUACAGACAUUUCACCUCUGCCUUAUCCAUGCCAUCAAGCAACGCUGAUUUACUGGAUGAUAAAUGUUUCAGCAUUAUUCCUUAACCUAAAGCUGCGAGAGCUUGGGUCUUUUUUAAAUAUAUUUCCUAAAAACUAUGUAGAGGGAUGUAUCGCUUGUUUAAUUCCAGGCCUAACAUUACUGAAAAACUGUGUAAUAUUGUAUGUGAUAUGUAUGGAUAUAUAUAUGGAUAGAUGAUGGACUAAUAAUAAAAGGAUCAAUGGCAAUCAUUUGCUCACAUGGUCAAAGAUGUCCAGCGAACAAAUUCAACAUGGACAAUCAUUCCUUCUGUCUACAAUCAUGGAUAUAAUUUUGACUCUCUUGUGACGAGUUGAAGUGAAAUGUGUUUUGUUGUUCACAAGUGCAGCUUUUCUUGGCGGUUAUGAAGGCUGUCAAAAGUUAAUUUAAUUUUAUGGUCUUCAAAAUGAAUUUAUGAUGAACAUUUUAAUAAUGUAAAGAAACACUUUAAUGAAUGAUCCAAGGCAGUUGUUUGUUCUCGUCAGACUUUUAUGAAGUGCUUUUGUCUUUAAUAGUUUAAAUGGUCUUCCAGAUGAACUGUUGAUUGAAGCUUUAAAAUGAGGUAUUUGUGUUGUUACCCAUGAAGUCGCGAGCUUUUCGUAAAGAUUUAUUUCCAAAGAAAGAAAACUACUUUUUUAAAAUAAUAUAAUUGGUAUUAACAAAUACUACUACUAUGACAUGGUUGAACUUUUUUGUGUGGCUGAAAUAAUGAAAUGCAUGAUUCUAAGUCAUUUGUGUAGUCGUUAGCUCACUAUCUCUCUCACUCUGCACACACACACACGCAAAAGAGAGAGAGAGAGAGAUUUUAAAGAAUGAAUGGAAUGCAGUUUACACACUGCCUGGUCCUCAAAGACCAAAUUUACCCGAUGAAGAAGCCCACGACCAUCAUUUCCACAUUUCCCUGGUGUGUAAGUAUUCUUUCUCCUGUAAAAUCCAAAGAGCAUUUUUUGCAAUGUUUUCGUGAAGAUUUCCAUGUUUGCUAGACCCUCAAUGGUCUCCAUGCAGGACCAUGGACCACAAGGCAAUGAUGUCGACUUUUCAUUUGAUUAGAAGCCUACCGCGGGCGGUCGAGUUUCUAAUGUCAAUAUUUUUAUGCCACUUAUCUUCCUUCAGGUCAAUCUGGUUUGUAUAGUCAGACACUAUAUGUUAAUAUAUAUAUAUGGUUGCUGCCCUAUGUCAUAGGACACAGGACUAAAAUUUGUGUACCUUUGUACGGAAAGACAGAAUUAAGUGCAGCUGACAUAAAUUAAUAUAAAAUAAAUUUUAUUACUCUUAACUUGCGUAUAGAAAAAAUAAAAUAUAUUUAUAAAUUAUC